AUGGCUCACUCUUCUCAUGUGAUUGAUAAUCAAGUUGAUAGUAGAAUCUCAAAACAUUCGACAUCUCAACUUCUCCAACGUAAUCCACAUUUGCGUGAGAGUAACACAAUGUCUCCAUAUGAUCAACUCAUUACUCGUCAUUUAGUUACACCUGGUUCCGUAACAUCUGCGUCAUCAUUUGAAGAAAGUGUUGUAUCUGAUCAAACAUCCGAAUUUGGGACUCCAGCACUUCUUCAAAGUAAUUCUAAAAGUUGGAAUUCCAAGCAAGAGAUUGGAGUGAAACAACCAAGAAAGAAAUUAUCAUCUUUAAAUCGUGAAUUACUUGUCCGAAAUCUCGAGGUAGAAUCAACUGCGUUUGAUAGAAACGAGGAUACAUCGGAGAAUUUAUUGGAACAUCUUGUGAUUAAGACUGUGCCAUCAUUGAACGAUUCUAGUCGUACAAGAACAAUCACGACAUUACCAUUAUCACCACAAUCAUCGAAAGUUACUCGUCGAAUUGUUGUAUCUCCACGUCGAACGUUACGUCGUGUUGUAGUACGUAAAGUUGGAGUGAAUGGCGAAACUGAUGAAAAAGUGGAAUAUCUAGAUGGAGAUGGACAUGUGGUCGAAGAAAUGAAAAAAGUGUCCGAUGAGUUGAAUGUACGUACAAUUGAACAAAGUCAAGAUCGAAUUGUGGAGAAUGAAAAUGAGAUACAAAAGUUUGAGAUGAAUGGAAAUAAUGUACGUACGAAUCAGGAUGUGGGUACAGUAGUAACACAGUCAAUUGUGUCAAAUAAUCAAGUGAGGAAUGAAAGUUCAAGUCAACGUAAAGUUACUCGUCGAGUUGUACGACGAAAAGUUGUACGUGAAGAUGGUACAAAGAUUUCGUACAGUGAUUCGGAUCUGGAUGAAAGCUUUGCGAAUAGUACAAUAAGUGAAUCUUCAGUUCAAGAAUUAAAUGUAUCAAUGAAUCGGCAUCAAGUGAUUCCAUCUAAAGAUUUGGAUGUUAAUUUGGAAGAAAUGAAACAUUCAGUGAAUACAGAAGAUGAUACAAAUCAAGAUGAAGAACGAAAAGUUACACGUCGUGUGGUUACACCUUCACGUAUUGUACGACGAAUUAUUGUUCGAAAAGAAAUGAUUGAAACUAAAGGUACAGACGAAGAAAAGAAUGAAAUGAAAUUGAUUCCAAACAAUGUCGUUGACUCAAAAGAUUUCGCGUCACUUUCAAGUGAAAAUCAUGAUUGGAAUUGUAGUGAACAUGAAUGUUGCACAAAGUCGACAAAUGAUUUCCAAGCUUUGGAGAAGUUGAUGUCGGAAUGUGUUCAUGAGAAUAUUGAAGAAUCUUCAAAUAUUGACAAAGUGAUGAGUUUAUCUGAUCUUGAGGAUGAAAAAAGUAUUUCUACAAUCGAAGAACUCGAUCAAGUGCCAAGAAUUGAAACGAUGACGUUGGAACAUAGUGAGCAAUUGAUGUCAGACAGUGAGAAAAUUCCAUGUGAUGAUUUGGAGAUAGAGAAAAAAAGUGAUUGUACAAAUUCGUCCGAUCAUUUACAAUUUCAUUCAAAUGUAUCGGAUCACGAAAAUCGUGAAUAUUCAACUGCAUCUUCAAAUGAAAUGAAAGCAAAAAAUCUUCAAUCUGAUCUUGAAAUGUGGUUACAAGAUCGAAUUGUUACUAUCACGCCAUGUUCAUUACUUUGGAGUGAUAUUUGUUAUAAACGAAAUGAAAAUGAUUGGAUCUUGAAUCAUGUUAGUGGAUCAAUUGAAGCAGGUGAGUUUUUAGUUUUAUCAAGUCCAAUGAAAGAUCAAAGUCUUGCACUUUUAUCAUGUUUAAGUGGUUUUGAAGAUAAAAUGGAAGGAAAUGUACGAGUGAAUGGAGAGAAAUGGAAUGAAAUGACGAAACGAUACGUUGCGUAUGUACGAGAAGAAGAUUUUUUCUAUCAAACAUUAACAGUGUACGAACAUCUUAUCUUUCAAGCAAAAUUACGAAUGCGUCGUACACAUUUAAAUGACAUGUGCGUCCAACGUGUGGAAUGUAUCGUACAAGAAUUUGACUUGACCAAAUGUCAAAAUACAUUAAUUUGUGACAUCCCAGUCAAUGAACAUAAAUUACUUGCACUUGCAACUGCUUGUUUAACAAAUCCGUCAUUUUUAUUUGUCGAAGAACCAAUUGAAAAUUUAGAAUUUUGGAAAGCAGAACAAAUCGUGAAAAAAUUACAAUGGCUUGCAACUGGACGAGGAAUGACUGUCAUUUGUACGAUGCAAAUGAUUCCGUCAUUUGUGUACGAUCAUGUUGAUAUACUAUACAUUGUGGCAGAUGGAGCAUGUGUAUACGAUGGAAAAGCUUGCAAUGCAAUUGGGUACUUUUCAACUAUUGGGUAUCCCUGUCCGGAAGAGAUGAACCCAUUUGAAUAUUUCAUGCUGCAAUUGAACAAUGAUGGCGAUCACAAUGCACUCACUCGUGUGAAUACAUUGAAACGAGAAUGGAGUGAGAGAAAUGCUGCUAUUUAUGCUGAUAAUGCUGUUUGUGCUACAAGAAAUGACGAAAACCGUUUUCAGGAUUAUAAUAUCAGUAACCGGUAUUACCAUAUGAAUUGUUGUGGUCAAUUGUACCUUUUGUGGACACGACACAUUUGUCGAUUACGUCGAUACUAUUUUGUAUUUUCGCGUGAUAUUUUCAUAAUGUUAUUUCUCGGUACUAUUUUUGGAUUCAUAUACUUUCAAUUAGAUGUCGACGAUCAACAUGGUGUUCAGAAUUUCAGCAGUGCAUUCUAUUCUAUUCUUAUCGUACAAAUGCUUGUGAUUACAUACCGUACGUUUGUAUAUGCUCCAAAAGAGAUUGCUAUUGCACUUCGUGAACGACAAGAGUACCGUGGAGGGUGGUAUCAUUUACUAUGUUGGUAUAGUACAAAACUUAUGGCUGAAUUCCCAGCUUUAAUACUUUUAUCCAUUGCACUAUUUGUACCAGUGUAUUUACUUAUUGGAAUUUCACAAGGCUUUAAUGUUUACGUCUACAUGCAACUUGUGGUCAUACUUGUGGGGUGGUCGACCAUCGGUUUGGCAUUUCUAACACUUAGUGUCCUGCAACAAGUGACCAUUUCUUUAAUUGUGCAUACAAUUAUUCUGGUAUUCUUUGCUGUUUUUGGUAAUUAUUUUAUUCAUGUGACAGCUAUUCCGGACUGGCUUGUGUGGCUCCAUUAUAUCUCGCCACUUAAAUUUGCAUAUGAUGCACUGAUGAAAAUCUUUUGGAAACGCGUGGAUACAAUUACAUGUGAUUGGACACUUGACGGAUGUGUUGCACGUACAGGUGAACAAUUACUUACGUUUUACAAAAUGGACACACGAUCAGCAUUAAGUGAUACUUUGAUUUUAUUUGCCAUUUGUUGUACAUUCUUUCUUGUGGCUUUGGUUUUUUUAAUCAAAGUGGCAAGUAAUAGACAUUAUAAAUUUCAUUGGCAAUACCAGUGGUAUGAUUACAUACCGCUAACAUUUCAAAGUGGCACAACACAACAAAGUCUUGAUCAAACGAUUAGAUCAAAGACUCCAUCGAUUGUAGAAGAUCGUAUUACUGUUAUUGAGAGUGACAAGUAUUAUAUACAAGUUCAAACGCCACGUGAAAGUGGUCGUACUGAUAUUUCAAGAGUUACUUUGAGUUGGUACAAUUUACAAUUAAUUACAAAGGACAAGAAAUGUCAAGUUGAAAACGUACUGAAUCAGUCAAGUGGAUCAGUUAUGUCAGGUGAAAUGUUAUUGAUUACUGGACCUUCAAUAGUGUCCAAUGAGGCAUUAUUAGCAACUUUGGCAGGUUAUUUAGACACGACAUCGGGUAGAAUGACAAUAAACGGGGUGGCAACUUCGGCACGGGAACUUUUGGAGUACACAGCAUUUGUUCCACGUAAUGAGUCAUUUUACGAUACAUUAACAGUUGAAGAGCAUCUACGUUAUCAAGCUCAACUAUACUUUGGUAUGUCGAGCUAUUCGUGCAGCUCAAAUCAUCGUGACGUUGAAAUUGAGCGUGUGGUACUUCUUUUGGAUGAAUUUGACUUGACAAUGAAGCGUCAUAUGAUUCUUCGACAUUUGUCAUUAGUAGAUAGAAAAUUACUGGCAAUUGCAUCAGCAAUUAUACGACAUCCGUCAAUUUUACUCAUCGAAGAACCCACCCAUGGCAUGGAUAUUUACUCAUCUGAACGUGUGAUUCUUAAGCUACGUCAACUCGCUCGUAUUGGACAUACAGUUCUCGUGACAAUAGCACGUCCCUCAUCGCAUUUAUAUCCUUUGUUUGAUUCACUUCAUCUUCUUGCCGAAGGAAGUACAGUCUACCAUGGUAAAGUGACAGAAGCUGUACCAUAUUUUGCAUCUUUGGGUUACCAGUGUCCACAAUAUAAGAACCCUGCGGAGUAUUUCGUCCGGUUAUUAUCGGUAUGCGAUAGUAAUACCGAAACAAACGAGAAUCAGAUAACUCGAUUUAAGGAAUUCUGGACAACUCAAAUUUCGGAAAAUCAUGUGACUAUAAAUCCUGAACUACCUGAAGUGUUGAACGAGGAAAUGACAUGGAAACAACGUCGUGCUGGUUUCUGCAGCCAAUGGAUUCUCUUGCUCUGUCGUCAUUUUCUCCAUUUGAUCCGUAGCCAUUGUGUACUAUUGUGGCAUGCAUUAUAUAUGUCUCUCUUUGGACUAUUUUUUGGUCUUAUCUUUUUGCAGCUUGAUGUCGAUGAUCAAAGGGAUAUUCAAAAUUGGUCAGGCGCAUUAUUCUGUAUUAUUGUACUACACAUAAGUUUAAGUAUGUCCCGAACUUUUGUCUUGAUUCCACAUGAGAGAGCAAUUGUAAAGCAAGAAUACCGUAUCUUUGGACGAUAUUACCUUUCGUGUUGGUAUUUUUCAAAAGUUCUGGUUGAGAUACUUGUCAUGUUUGUGCUCUCAGUGUGCGUGUUUGUACCAGCGUAUUUACUCAUUGGUUUCGGUCAUGGCUUUGAGCUCUACAUAUACAUGCAAAUAGUUAUGUGGCUUGCUGGCUUAAGUGCCACUGGUUUGGUAUAUUUAUUGCUUGGUCUCUUUGAACAUGUUCAUCUCGCAGCUCUCGCUUCAAUAGUAUUGCUGGUUCUCUUUGUACUGUUUGGAGGAUUCUUAAUUAAUGUCGAUGAUAUACCAGAUUAUUUCAAUUGGAUGUAUUAUACUUCACCUGUAAAGUAUGGUUACGAAGCACUGAUGAAGCUUUUUUGGGAACGAAUUCCUAUUGUGCCUUGCAAUAGCUCGACAGUGUCGAAUUUGGGAUCAAGUCAAGUUGAUGACUGCAUUGCUCAAUCAGGUGAUGAAGUUCUUGCAUAUUAUAGUAUGGAUAUUUCACGAAGUGCUCGCAGCGACAGCUUCAUUUUGGUUGGACUCGCUGCACUGUAUUUCACUCUUAGUUAUCUUGUUUUCGUAUUGUGUUGGCGUUGGGUAAGAACUCAGCAACGACAAAAGUGA